UUUAAAACAACAACAUUCUAAAUUUUUAGAAAAUAUAAAUAAAGUUGAACUACUACAUAAAAACACUAUCAAAAAGGAUCAACGAAAAAAAAAAAUAAAUUUUGAAAAUUUUUAUUUUUUGAAAAAUUUCAAAAAGAAAAGAUUUGAAAAAAUCACGCAAAAAUCUAAAAUUAAGGAAACAAAUAAUAAACAAAAAUUAUUUUAAAUUUACAAAAACAGUAUUUUGUUAAAGAAAACAUCUGGCAAUUCACAACAAACCAAAAACUAGUCAAUCAUCAUGAUUUUCAACAAAUAUUUAUUGAAAAUUUCCAAUGCUGUACAGCAUAAAACCAAUAAGGAAAAUCUUAAAACCAGCAGCAGUUCAACCAAAGGCCCACAGAAUUCUUCCUGCUCCAACUCCAUAGACAUACCCAUUUCAAAUAAUAACAAUAACAACAAUGCAGCUGCACGUAAUUUAGAAUACGAAAGAGCCAUAGCAGCCUCCUAUCAUAAUCAACAUAAUCAUCAUCAUCAUCAUCCGCAUAGUCAGCAGCAGCAACAACACCAUCACACCUCUUCACACAGCCACCUAAUACCCAAGAAAAAGAAACCCAAAAUAAAUGUACACAAUACCAACAAUACAAAAACUUGCCUCACCACCGACGAACUGGCCAUUAUCAUUAAAGGAGGCUCUAAUAAUAAUAAAACCAAACGACAUACCUUAAAAGAGACCAGCACCCACAAUACAUUGUAUUCGGCUACACCACCACCUUUGAGAGAAACUAAAAGUGCUCUUACUUUGAAUCUAUCCACCUCACCCUCUUCGGGGGUUUAUUCCAAUGGUGGCUCUUCAUCGUUUGCCUCUACGCCUACAUCACUGCAGGCACCGUCCUCUUCACGCUCCUGCUCGUCCACGGAGUCUUUGAAUUCAUCGGAAAAUGGUGCCACACCCUAUUCAUCGAAUGUCUCAACACCCACUUCAUUGCCGUUCAGUGGCGGUAAUCCGGUUUGGCCGUUGUCGGGCGCCUCGCUGCAAAUCUCCUAUGAAUUGGCCGUAUUGCGCAUUAGAAUGUGGAUCUAUCCAUGGUUUCAUGGCAAUCUUUCUGGUAAAGAAGGUGAAAAAUUGUUAUUGGAGCGUGGUAAGAAUGGUUCAUUUCUGGUACGUGAAUCUCAAUCAAAGCCAGGUGAUUUUGUUUUGUCCGUACGUACCGAUGAUAAAGUAACUCAUGUCAUGAUACGUUGGCAGGAUAAUAAAUAUGAUGUUGGCGGUGGUGAACCUUUUAACACUUUGUCCGAAUUAAUUGAACACUACAAACGCAAUCCCAUGGUGGAGACAUGCGGUACAGUGGUGCAUUUGCGGCAACCUUUCAAUGCCACACGCAUUACAGCGGCUGGCAUUAAUGCCAGAGUGGAGCAAUUGGUUAAGGGCGGUUUCUGGGAAGAAUUUGAAGCUUUACAACAAGACAGUCGUGAUAUAUUCUCUCGCAAUGAGGGCUACAAAAUGGAAAAUCGUAAUAAAAAUCGUUAUAGAAAUAUUUUACCCUACGAUCACACCCGUGUUAAACUCAACGAUGUUGAUCACACUUUAGCCGGCGCUGAGUACAUCAACGCCAACUAUAUACGCUUACCCACCGAUGGUGAACAAAACAAUAUGAAUGCCUCUCAAGAGAGUCUUAAUGCCAUGGUAUCCUCGUGUCCUGCCUGUACAGCGGCUCAAAUGCAAAAGAAUUGUCCCAACUGUCAAAUACUUAACAAGACCUGUGUACAGUGUGCCGUGAAAACGGCCACACUACCCUACAGCAAUUGCAGCACCUGCAACAAAAAAGCCGACAACCUAAACAAACAACAGCAGCAACAGCAUAAACGCAGUGAAUCCUUAACCAAUUCAGCCUUAAUGGGCACCAGCAAUGGCUGUUUAAGUCAACAACAGCAGCAGCAGCAACCACCACCACGUCCCGCAGCCCCUAACAAUGGUGCUGGUGGCGGUGGCGGAACAGCCGCUUCUCGUCCUCUUAAUAAAAAGAACAGCAAUGAUUUAACCGAAAGGGAAAUGUUUAAAACCUACAUAGCCACCCAGGGCUGUUUGGCCAAUACUGUCACCGAUUUCUGGAAUAUGAUUUGGCAAGAGAAUACCCGUGUCAUUGUGAUGACCACCAAAGAGUUUGAGCGUGGCAAGAACAAGUGUGCCAAAUAUUGGCCGGACGAGGGACAGUGCAAACAAUUUGGACCCGCCAAAAUUCAAUGUAUCUCAGAGAAUUCCACAAACGAUUACACUCUAAGGGAAUUUCUAUUUUCGUGGCGUGACCAGCCCGAAAGACGUAUCUACCACUAUCAUUUUCAAGUAUGGCCCGAUCAUGGUGUGCCAGCCGAUCCCGGCUGUGUUUUAAAUUUUCUGCAAGAUGUCAAUACCAAACAAGGGCAAUUGACACAGGCGGGAGAGAAACCGGGUCCAAUUUGUGUGCAUUGUUCAGCUGGCAUUGGCCGUACGGGUACCUUUAUUGUGAUUGAUAUGAUUUUAGAUCAAAUCGAUAGACAUGGUUUAGAUACUGAAAUUGAUAUACAACGCACAAUCCAAAUGGUACGUUCCCAACGUUCUGGCUUAGUACAAACGGAAGCACAAUAUAAAUUUGUUUAUUACGCUGUCCAACAUUAUAUACAAACCCUGAUACAGCGUAAACGGGCCGAAGAGCAAAGUUUACAAGUGGGACGUGAAUACACAAAUAUAAAAUAUACAGGCGAAAUUGGUAAUGAUACACAAAGAUCUCCUUUACCACCUAAUAUAAGUUUAGCUAGUAAACAACAACAGCAACAGCAGGGUAACACCCAAACGGUUACAAAUUGCAGCAGCAGCAGUAGUAAUAGCAUUAAUAAUUGUAAUGACAACAUCCUGCAUCAGCAAUCAACGAAACUAGUUUUUAAUAAAAUGCCAUUGCCCUCACCAACAACACCAAGUAGUCGGCAAAAGCUAAAACAACAUGCCGCCACCAUAACAUCAAUACAACAGCAACAGCAACAGCAACAACAACAGCAGCAGCAGCAACAAUUAUACAGCAACGAUAUAUUUCAAAAUAGCAGCAGCAACACCACAACAACGCCAAAACACAACGAACAACAAAUGAGCAACAACCCCUCCCAACAGCAGCAGCCACAACAACAACAGCAACAACCACAGACAGGUAAGCAGGUCACCUCCUCCUCCUCCCGGCCCGGUUUGUUCAAAUUGUUUACUCCCGUCAUUUUUCAGCCUACGAAAACAUUCCCAAAGACAUGAUGAGGCAUCAUUAUGCGCCGCCUCCUCCUACACCGCCACGUAAAACAUGACAAUUAAAAUUUUAAUAUGAUUUUUCUUUACUGUUUGUUGUUGUGCUAAUUUGCAAAACUCUAAAAAACAUUUUGUUGAACAAAAAAAAACAAAAAAACACCCCCGCCCCCGCCUAAUUUUCAAAACAAAAAAGAAUCCUUAAUUUUAUGUUUUAAUUUGUUUUCCAAGUAAAUGUUUUUCUUGUUCUUCUUCUUCUUCUUUAUUGUUGUUGUAUGAAGUGAAAGAUAGAGAGAGAGAAGUUUUAAAAAGUUCUCUUUCUUGCGGUUUUUAUAUAUAUUGAAAGAAAUAUAUCUAAAAACUUAAUUGUUUCUUUAUUUUUUAAUUAAUUAUUAUGAAAAAAAACAACUAAAUUUAUAAUAUUAAAUAUUAUUAUUAAAAACCUUAUUAUUAUUAUCAUUUGUAGCCUUGUAUUGUUUAUCUUUAAAGAAAAAAGUAAAAAUAACUAAACAAAAAUCAAAAAAAUUUUAAAAAUCAAAUUAUUUGUAACAUUUUUUUUCACUAAUUUUGUUUAACUGUGUAACCAAAAGUAGCCAGUAGUUUGAAAUUUAAAAUAUUUGCUCUAAAAACAGAGACUAUUUUUUAAAAUUAUUUUUAUUUGUAUGUUUAUUUUUAAUAAUUAUCAUUAUGUUUCUUAAUAUUAUUGUAAUUUUGCAAAUAUUUUGUUUUUAAUUGUGAUAUUUGAAAAUAUGUUUUGAAAGAAAAAAAAAUUCUAAAAAUUUUCUUUUGUUAAUUCAAAAUGAGUAAAAAAUAACCUCGAAUUUGUUGUAAUUUUGUGUAGAAUUUGUUUUAUAUUUUAGUUUUCUCUCUCUAAAACCAAGCCCCCCCCCCCUUUAAACGCCUCAUAACCUUUAAUUUUUGCUUUUGUAUUUUAGUUUAAAAUCUAGAGAAAGAGAAAAUUUAUUAUUUACAAUAUAAAGAGCCCUAAAUCAUAAAAAUUAUUUUUGUAUAAUCUUUUAAUAUUAAAAAGAAAUUAUUCAUUUAUCUUUGUUUUAUUAUAUAUAUGUAUUUAUGCUUAAAAUUACUUUUUUUAUUAUUAUUAUUAUUGUUUAAAAUUAAAUGUAACCCUCCUCCCUUUAUAAUCAUGUUUUUUCUUGUCUUAUUUUUUUUAAAUUUUUUAUUAAAAAUUGACAAUAAUUUUUAAGAGAGAUAGAGAGAAAAAAAAAUUAAUAAUAAAUAAAAAUAUUUUUUAAAAAUUUAAUCAUA